CCCGUUGUACGCUUGCACGCGUGCCCUCCCCACGAUCCCCUCUCCAUCUCUCUCUCUCCACCUCUCUCCAUCUCGCCGUGUGUGCCGCGGUUUCUCGGGUGGCGAGCGCGACAAUUACGCGAGUUAAUAUUCAUGUCGCUCCCGUCGUGACGACAGCCUCGGCGCGGCGGCCAAUGGGCGCUGCCCGAGGCCCUGCGCGCGCCCUCAUGCGCUAUUCUCCCCGCGCUCAUGCAUACACAUCACAAGCCGGGGCCACUCUGGGAUGAAGUUUUUACUCGACUUCGCGUAAAAACGCGCUACGAGGCGUCGGAAAACUUGGUAAAAACGACACCUUGGGAUCAAUUGCGCGAGCCUUCCCCAUCCACCCCCUCCACUUCUACCCCGCCCCCCUCCCAGCGCAACCCUCUUGCCAGUGCCCGGCCUUCGAAGAGACUCAACCGCUCGCCCGCCGGCCCUCCCGCCUAUCCGCCCGCCCGAAGAGGGUCGCGCCUGCAAGCCACUGUGAGUCGCUGUGCACCGAGAGCGGGGGUUAUGCGUCUCGAUGAUGACCAUGAGCGCAAUGGCUGACGGCUUGGACGCUCCCCACGACUGCAGCGUAGGUGGUGGUGGUGGUGGCAGCGGCGGUGGAGGCGACGGUAGUGGUGGUGGUCGUGGUGGUAGCGGCAAGUCUGCUUUCCUGGAGUUCGGACAGAGCGGACUUCAGCACCAGCAGAUGCUUAGCGUGCCCUCCUCUUCAUCAGCGACGGCGUCAACAGUGGUGGGCAUGGCUCACCACCACGCGCACCACUACCCCGCGCACUGCCUCUCCUCGACCGGGCACGACCCUUCCUCGUACGCCGCUUCGUCCUACCAGAACCGACCGCUCGGCUAUCCCUACCUCAACCCCAUCGGCGCGGGCGCCAGCAACUCGCACAGCGCCUACGGCCUCAACGCGCUCCCCUCGUACCAGCCCGGAUCGGCAGCGCUGAGCCAGACGCGCCUCGACGAGAGCGACCCCGAGAAGACGCCCGUGAUUCAGAACGGGGAGCUGCGCUUCAACGGCAAGGGCAAGAAGAUCCGCAAGCCUCGCACCAUCUACUCGAGUCUGCAGCUGCAGGCGCUCAACCGCCGUUUCCAGCAGACGCAGUACCUGGCGCUGCCUGAACGCGCCGAACUCGCUGCCUCCCUGGGACUCACGCAGACUCAGGUGAAGAUCUGGUUCCAGAACAAGCGCUCCAAGUACAAGAAGAUCAUGAAGCAGGGAGGCGCAGGUCUGGAGAACAACCCACUGCAGCUGAACACGGGCUGCCUGCCUCCCAGCCCGAGCUCUGUCAUUCACCCGCAUCAACAGCAGCAGCAGCAUCAGCAGCAACAACAGCAGCAGCAUCAGCAGCAUCAGCAACAACAGCAGCAGCAGCAGCAGGGGCUGUCAACAUGGGACUUGCAGUCAAACGUGGCUUCUGCCAAGGUGUGCAUGCCUCCCAGCGCCUACAUGAGUCCAUACUCUCACUGGUACUCACCCGCCUCGCAUCACGAAACUAUGCAAACCCCGGGACUCAUGUAAGCCGAGUCUGGAGUGAAGGAUGGCAGGGCUGACGGAGGAUUGGCCACUGGUGGUGUGAUUAAUAUUAUUAUUGAUUAUGACGAUUGCUAUUACUGUUAUGAUUACGAUUUCACUUUUUUGCCGAAGCCGAAAUCAAGCAUUGGGCGCUUUUUUCUCAAGGUGCGCCCAUCUUACGUGGGCGACGAUGAUGAUGAUUAUGGUGGCAGUGAUGUUGAUAAUGGUGACGAAUCAUAAUGAUGAUUGCAGCUGAUUUGAAUAUUUAAGUAAUUGAUGAUGACGAUAAGAGUUAGGUUGACUAUUAAAACGAAGAUGGGAAGUUAUCACUAUUAUUGUUAUUAUCAUCAUCAUCAGGGCGAUUGUCAUGAUUGUUGUUGAACGUUACAAUAUGAUGAUCAUUGAUGGCGAAGGUUACGAUGAGAAAGAGGAGGCAGAGAUAUACGGACGCUGUCUUUUUGGUAAAAAAAAGAAAUGAAAAAACAAAACCAGUGAGCGAUCUUCUCGUUUCACACGAAAACACGUGACCCCCGUGUCACCCUUGGACAGUCUCAUCGGAUACAUUACACUUACUUGCUCUUUGUUGUUCCUUUCGUUCAAUAUCGUCUGUGUUGAUCAUCGUAGUGCCUUUGUUGUUUUACGUGCGAACAUUGACGCGUUAUUGUCAGUCGAAAGCCAGCAAGAUGAUCGAGGAACCUAUACAUUUUACACACAAACACGCACACACUCACAAAGACUUCCCCGUUGCACCUCCGAUUUAGCGCGGUUGGCUACGUACGGCGCGAAAGAAGUUCAACAUACAGUAGAGACAACAGACUAUUGGGGCAAGUGCUGAUUGCGAGCACACGAGUGACGGUUGGCGGCGAGCACCACGCCCGGCCGCCUUUGUCUGCCCAUAGAAAAUCUUUACGCACCGAACCGGGUGCUCAUGUCGAGGUCGAGUCGACCUAAACGAGGCCCAAGACUGGUCCAGAUGAUCGCCACUGGUGUUGGCCGCGAGCAGAAACUGAACUCGGAUCGUCGAGUUCCUAGCGCAGCGGGCGAACCGCCACACGACUGUUCCCCACACACGCGCGCACAUGGACAAACACUCACAAACACAAAGACAAAGAUCCCCCGUAUAGGCCGAACAGAACUGUUGGAGCAAGUGCUGUUAGCGAGCGCCUAUGAAGGCCGGCACGGCACACGAGAGGGUGGGUGGCCAGCACCACACCCGGCCGCCUUUGUCUCCCCAGUGGUGAUGUUUACACACCGCACCAGGUACUCAUUUGAGACCGAGUCGACACACACACAUGCACAGUUGCCAUGAUAGCUACAGGAAAACGAAAACAUGAAUAUGUAAAAAAAAACACAACUCUAUGUACAAUAACGUAACACGCACGCAGUCUGCGUUUGUGUUUCUGUCGUCAUUGACUGAAAUGUUUUGCAGGGCAUUUCAACUCUUGUUUGUAUAUAUUGCCGGGUUUUCUAGAUGUAAAUAAUAUAUGACACAUGUUUCGUAGUUUUUUUUCCAUAUUGUCACAAUAAAAAAAGUAACGUUAGACUAUAUAACAUCGAUGAAUCGUGUGUACUUAUUCCUGUGUGUGCGUAUGGUCGUGCGGUGUGGGGAGGGGUAGUUCAGCGGUCAGCGCGCUGUGCUACGA